UUGUGGUUGGGUUUUUGUGUUUAUAUAUUUUAUAGAUUUUAUGCGUUUAUUCAUAUUGUUCCUUAUUAUUGACUUUCAUAGACUUUUUUAUAUUAUUUUAGUGUUAAGUUUAGUGUUUAGUGAACUUGUAGGAGGUAUAUUUAAGAUGGUACGUUAUCGAAACUGUGCUGUUGUCGGUUGUGAGGAUAUUACAUCUCCAAGGCAUCGCUUUCCAAAUCCGGCUAAGAAACUGGAGUUAUUUAAAAUUUGGACAGAAGCCUGUUGCAGAGACAUUCUUAAAACCUUGAGUCCUGAUCUUGUCUAUCGGUCAUACAGAAUUUGUCAUAUUCAUUUUGCAACCGAGGAUAUAUCCACAAACAAUUUUCUAAAGCCAGAUGUUAUACCGAAGCUAUUCUUACCACCAAACAGAAGAAACACUGAUAUGCCUGAAGAUACCGUCAGCACCAGUACACCUACACAGUCACUGCAGAGUAUUGAAAAGCCGUCCACUUUAUCUCUGGUUGAUGAAUUAAAUUUGAAUCCAGAAAGUACUCAAAUAUUAUGUGUAACUCCUACCAGAAGACAAUGUGAAGUGACUGGUGAACAUGUGUUUUUACAAACAUCUAUAAAAAAGCGUAGACUUAAUUAUGACGAACCGUCAACAUCUGCAGUACAAGAUUAUGAGUUGCCAAACGUUGAGGAAAGUAGAUGUAGGACUCCUCGUAACAGUAAACAAACUUUGUUAAGGAAAAUUGGCGUGUCCAGGGAGAAAUAUUUGUCACCCAAGUGUAAAACUUUAUAUAGAAUGGCUCGCAGAUAUACAAAAUCUUUGCAAUAUUUGCAGAAACGAGGAAAAACUCUGAAAAGACAACUGAAUCUAACCAAGGAGGAAAUGCUUGAUAGAAUUAUUUUAGACUUGAACCCAACGGUUGCAAAAUUUGUGAAAAGUCAAGUACGUUUAGCCAAUAAAGAACCAAAGGCAAGACGUUAUACCCUGGAUGACAAAAUUUUGGGUCUAGUUUUAAACAAGCAAAGUGCCAAGAGCUACAAAGUAUUUUCAAAAAUAUUUGCGGUACCAUCAAAAAAAACCAUGAAUUUAUUGUUAAGUAAAGUACCAAUUAAUACUGGAAUUAAUCCCAACAUAUUUUUGAAUAUUAAACAAACCAUACAAACUCUAGAUGCCAAAGAUCAACUGAGCAUUUUAAUAUUUGAUGAAAUGGCCAUUGAACCACAUAUAGAUGUCAAUAAAAGUUAUAGCGAUUUUGAUGGCUUUGAAGAUGAUGGAAAAAGUAAAACUAAUAUAAUUGCUGACCAUGUCCUAGUUUUUAUGCUACGAGGCUUGACAAAAAUGUGGAAACAAGCGAUUGCAUUUUCGUUUUGCAGAAGUUCGACGAAAACGAUCGAUUUGGUCAGAAAUAUAAAGGAAAUUAUACGCGAAUGCCAAAAUAUUUCAUUAAAAGUCAUUGCAACUGUCAGUGAUCAAGGCUCGACCAAUCAGGCAGCUGUAAAUUAUUUACAGAGAGAAAACCGCUGAGAAGAAAUUCACCAUCCCGACUUAAAAUAUUUUUUUAUUAACGGUGAAAAAAUAAUUCAUAUAUAUGACCCACCACACCUCAUAAAAGGAAUCCGAAAUAAUCUGCUAACUAAGAAUUUAAUAUGGACAAAAGAAGAACAAGAUUUAUCUUGUAAAUGGUCUGAUAUUACAACAGCAUAUGAAAUGGACAAUUCGUCAGGCGAAUUUAGAACAAUGCCAAAAAUAAACGAUUACCAUAUUGUGCCAACAAAAAUUAAAAAAAUGAAAGUGUCUAUGGCAACUCAGGUAUUUAGCCACAGCGUAGCAUCCGUUAUUUCCCUCUUUGCGAAAUCAGGUAUCGAAUUAAAUGGUAAACGUUUGCCUCCAUCAGCCGAAGGUACAGCGAAAAUUCUUUUAUUUUUUGAUUGUCUCUUUGACAGUGUAAAUGGAAACAGUUUAUAUCCAAGAAGUGGAAAAAAUUUGAAGUGUGCGAUCACAAAAAAUUCAGGACAUAUAGAAUUUUGGAAAUAUUGCAGACAAGAAAUAAAUAAAAUGUACUAUUGUCAACAAGAAGGAACAACUAAGAAGUUUAUUCCACCUUCCCUUAAUAAUUGGAAAACUACCCUUGCUGGAAUGGAAGAAAUUUUUAAAAUAAUUCAAAAACACAAUUGUUCUUUUUUUUUACCAAGACGACUAAAUCAAGACCCAUUGGAAAAUUUUUUCGGGCAGAUUAGACAACAUGGCGGGCCAAACUCUAAUCCCACAGCAAGUCAUUUUAAAAAUUAUUUUAAAACUUUAUUUAUUAAUAAUAUUGUAAGUAGACACUCUAUAUCUGCCAAUUGCGAAUUAGACUCCGAUCAUGCAAUCAUUUCUGUAAAAAAAUUUAUUUCACAAGGUUUACCGGAUCUACCUGUUGUAGAAGAAACAGGUGAUCUUAAUACCUUUGAGGUACCUAAAACAAAUCCAGCUUAUUUGAAUUUAAUAUCGGUAGGGUAUAUUUCAGGAUUUAUUUCAAAAAAAUUAAAAUCUCUAAAAGACUGUGAGACAUGUAAAAAAAAUAUUAUAUUGGACAAAUCCAUUCAUAAGUGGCAUGACUUAGUUUUAGCUAAAGAAUAUUUAAAAGAUUGCCCGAAUAAAUUAAAAUAUUGCACUCCAGCAUUUAUUGACAGUAUUUUACAAUGUUAUACCAUAACAAUGAGUUUCCUUUGUAAAAUAUGUAAUUUAAAUAAUUGUUUAAAAUUAUUACAAAACUAUUUAUAUAAAAAUGUAAAUUUUAACUUUACCAAUUGUGAGCACAGUGAAAUUAUGAUAAAAAAUAUAAUUGAUUAUUUUGUAUUUUUCUGUGCUCACAAUUGGGCAAAUGGCAUUAACAGUCAGCUAUCUGGCAAAGAUAAUAGGAGAAUAGUCGAAGAUAGCAUUUUUUUGCAGGCAAGGCAAUACUAUUGUAAAAGAAGGAAAAAUAAAUG